GUCCCUGAGACUCCGAGCUGCAGGAAGUGCCAGGUCUUCGCAUGAAGCUGAAGGUCAGUCAGCGGCUGACUCUGUCGCUCCCGCAGAAGGAGGGCUACCUGCUGAAGAGGGGCGGCCGCCAUGCGUCCUACCACCGGCGCUGGUUCCAGCUGUGUGGGAAUCUGCUCUUAUACUGGGAGAGACAGGAGGACCCCCAGCCCCUCGGCCUCAUCCUGCUCGAGGGAAGCACGGUCUAUCUGAGGGCCACCCGGCUGGAAUUCGGCUUCUGCCUCUGCACCGUGUCCCGGGUGUACAAGAUGGCGGCCGAGUGCCAGCAGGAGCUGGAGCAGUGGGUGAGAGCGUUACUGAGCGCCAACCUCGGCUACACCAAGGCUAUUCUGGAGGAGCUACGGGGGCAAUACCUGAGCCUCGCAGCCGGGCAAAAGGAACCUCACAACGCAAGCUCCCCUGAGCGGCCCUCGGAGGAGCGAGUAUGGAAGGAGACGUUCGGAGUCCUGCACCAGUUCCUGGGAGAGGAGAUCCUGGCGCUGCGGCAGCCAAAGCCGAUCUGUCUGUAAAUCUGGGCUUUUGGGUUAUUUGUAAGAGAAAUAAUAAAACCAUCACGUUUA